CCGAACCGAGUCCAUUCCGUCCGAACCGAACCGCUGCCCCGCUUCUUCCUCCGGUGCGAGCCGAACUUUUCCCGAACCUUCCCCGCGGACCGAACUCAGCUGUCGGACUCCGAUCCUGGCUCUGUCCCCGCCGCCGCGCUUCUCCUCCUCCUCGGUUCCGACCCGGUUCCGACCCGGUCCGAGCCCGUGUGACAGCCGCGCAGCAUGAUGAAGAACAGCGGCUUGCUGGAGCCGCAGCAGCUCUUCUUCCUCAGCCCCGCAGAUCCCGCAGAUCCCGCAGAGGAGGAGGAGAUGCCGGCCACCGAGAAGGACCUGGCGGAGGACGCGCCGUGGAAGAAGAUCCAGCAGAACACCUUCACCAGGUGGUGCAACGAGCACCUGAAGGGGCUCAACCGGCGGAUCGCGGACCUGCAGAGGGACCUGAGCGACGGGUUGAAGCUCAUCGGGCUGCUGGAGGUGCUGAGCCAGAAGAAGAUGUACCGGAAGUACCACCUACGGCCCAACUUCCGGCAGAUGAAGCUGGAGAACGUUUCCGUGGCGCUGGAGUUCCUGGAGCGGGAACACAUCAAGCUGGUGUCCAUUGACUCCAAAGCCAUCGUGGACGGGAACCUGAAGCUGAUCCUGGGUCUGAUCUGGACGCUCAUCCUGCACUACUCCAUCUCCAUGCCGACCUGGGAGGACGAGGACGAUGAGGACGCCAGGAAGCUGACGCCCAAGCAGCGGCUGCUGGGCUGGAUCCAGAACAAGGUGCCCCAGCUGCCCAUCACCAACUUCCACCGGGACUGGAGGGACGGCAAGGCACUGGGAGCGCUGGUGGACAACUGUGCUCCUGGUCUGUGUCCAGACUGGGAGAGCUGGGAUCCCAGUCAGCCGGUGGAAAACGCUAGGGAGGCCAUGCAGCAGGCUGACGAUUGGUUGGGAGUCCCACAGGUGAUCGCUCCAGAGGAGAUCGUUGACCCCAACGUGGACGAGCACUCCGUCAUGACCUACCUGUCCCAGUUCCCCAAGGCCAAGCUGAAGCCCGGCGCGCCGCUCAGGGCCAAGACGCUGCACCCCAAGAGGGCCAAAGCUUACGGUCCAGGUAUCGAGACUCGAGGAAACACGGUCCUGAAGCCAGCAGAGUUCCUGGUGGAGACGGUGGAGGCUGGCAUGGGGGAAGUCCUGGUGUACGUGGAGGAUCCGGAGGGACACACCGAGGAGGGCCGAGUCAUUCCCAACAAUGACAAGAACCGGACCUACUCUGUGGUGUACCUGCCCAAGGUGGAGGGUCUUCAUAAGGUUAAGGUGCUGUUCGCCGGCCAGGACAUAGACAGCAGCCCCUUCCUGGUGAACAUCUGCAGGGCCCUGGGUGACGCCACCAGGGUCCAGGCCCGCGGGCCCGGACUGCAGCCCAUGGGGAACGUGGCCAACAAACCCACGUACUUCGACAUUUACACCGCAGGGGCGGGAGCCGGGGACGUAGGCGUCAUCAUCGUGGACUCCAACAGCCGGAGGGACACAGUGGAGAUUGUGCUGGAGAACAGAGGUGACAGUGUAUUCCGCUGCACCUAUGUCCCCGUCCUGGAGGGUCCUCACACCGUCUGUGUGACCUUUGCUGGGCAGCAGAUUCCCAGAAGUCCUUUCACUGUCAGCAUCUCUGAAGCCUGCAACCCGAACGCCUGCAGAGCGUCGGGUCGGGGUUUGCAGCUGAAGGGCCUGAGGGUGAAGGAAGUGGCCGACUUCAAGGUGUUCACAAAGGGAGGCGGCGGCGGGGAGCUGAAGGUCGCUGUGAAGGGGCCCAAAGGCCUGGAGGAACCAGUGAAGGUGCUGGAGAUGGAAAACGGCGUUUAUGAAUGUAACUAUUAUCCCGUCAUGGCAGGGAAGUACAUCGUUACAAUCACAUGGGGAGGACACAGCGUCCCCCGCAGCCCGUUUGAGGUCCACAUCAGCGAGGAGGCGGGGCCUCAGAAGGUGAGGGCCUGGGGCCCGGGCCUGGAGACCGGCAUGGUGGGGAAGAGUGCAGACUUCGUGGUAGAGGCCAUCGGUACUGAAGUGGGAACUCUUGGUUUCUCCAUCGAGGGGCCCUCACAGGCUAAAAUUGAGUGUGACGAUAAAGGCGACGGGUCGUGUGACGUCCGGUACUGGCCCACUGAGCCGGGCGACUACGCCGUCCAUGUCAUAUGUGAUGAUGAGGACAUCAAGGACAGUCCCUUCAUGGCUCACAUCCUCCCUGUGGCUGUCGAUGUGUUUCCUGACAAGGUGAGAUGCUACGGCCCUGGACUGGAGCCUCUGGGCUGUAUCGUCAACAAGCCAGCCAACUUCACCAUCGACACCAGUGGAGCCGGCAGAGGAGAGCUGAGGCUCUAUGCUCAGGAUGCAGACGGCUUCCCCAUCGACAUCCAGAUCACUGACAAUGGAGACUGCACCUACGUCUGUGUCUAUAUUCCCACCAAACCCAUCAAACAUACCAUCAUUAUCACCUGGGGCGAAGUCAACGUUCCCAACAGCCCCUUCAGGGUGAUAAUAGGAGAAGGCAGCCAUCCAGAGAAUGUGAAAGUCUAUGGUCCAGGUGUGGAGAAGACAGGCCUGAAGGCCAACGAGCCGACAUACUUCACAGUGGACUGCAGUGAGGCUGGACAAGGUGACGUCAGCAUCGGGAUCAAGUGUGCUCCCGGGGUGGUCGGACCGGCGGAGGCAGACAUCGACUUCGACAUCAUCAAAAACGACAACGACACGUUCACAGUGAAGUACAUGCCUCCAGGGCCGGGUCAAUACACCAUCAUGGUUCUGUUUGCGGAUCAGGAAAUUCCCAUCAGCCCUUUCAGAAUAAAGGUGGAGCCUUCUCACGAUGCCGCUAAAGUCAGAGCCGAGGGACCGGGACUGAACAGAACCAGUGUGGAGGUUGGGAAGCCCACGCACUUCACUAUCUACACCAAGGGAGCCGGCAAAGCCAAACCAGAGGUCCAUUUUAUCGGCGCCGCUAAAGGCGAAGCUGUCCGGGACUUCGAGAUCAUUGACAACCACGACUACUCGUACACUGUCCGCUACACGGCGGUGCAGCAGGGAAACAUGUCCAUCACCGUCUGCCACGGAGGAGACCCCAUCCCCAGAAGCCCAUUCAGCAUCACCGUGGCCCCCCCUCUGGACCUCAGUAAGGUCAAAGUUCAGGGUCUCAACAACAAGGUGGACGUUGGCGUGGAUCAGGACUUCUCCGUCACAACUCGAGGUGCCGGCGGUCAGGCCAAGCUGGACGUGAAGAUCACCUCUCCAUCGCAUCAUCCAAUCCCCUGCAAGCUGGAGUCUGGGACAGCCAAUGAGGUUCACACUGUGAAGUACAUCCCAUCGGAGGAAGGGCCAUACCGAGUGGACAUCAGCUACGAUGGGAACCCCGUCCCCGGAAGUCCCUUCACUGUGGAGGGCGUCAUGCCUCCGGACCCUUCAAAGGUCCGAGCCUACGGUCCCGGCCUUCAGGGUGGCCUGGUGGGCAAACCGGCUCCGUUUGCCAUCGACACAAAGGGAGCAGGAACCGGCGGUCUGGGUCUGACGGUGGAAGGUCCAUGUGAGGCCAAGAUUGAAUGCCAGGACAACGGAGACGGAUCAUGCUCCGUGUCCUACCUGCCCACUGAGCCUGGAGAAUACACCAUCAACAUCCUGUUUGCAGAGCAGCACAUCCCCGGUUCGCCCUUCAAGGCCGCGGUUCAGGCCACCUUCGACCCCAGCAAGGUGAUAGCCAGUGGCCCCGGCCUGGAGCGGGGAAAGGUCAAUGAGGCCGGGUCCUUCAUGGUGGACUGCGCUGCGGCCGGCGAGGCCGAGCUCACCAUCGAGAUCGUGUCGGACAGCGGAUCCAAGGCGGAGGUUUGUGUUCACAACAACGGCGACGGGACGUACUCCAUCACCUACACGCCUCCGAGCCCAGACAUGUACUCCAUUAGCAUCAAGUAUGGAGGACACACAGUGCCAACGUUCCCAGUCCGCCUGCAGGUGGAUCCGGCCGUGGACACCAGCGGGGUGAAGGUGUACGGACCCGGAGUGGAGCCAAGAGGCGUCCUGAGGGAGGUCACCACCCACUUCCUGGUCGACACCCAGUCGCUCUACAAGGCCGGAGGAAGCCAUGUUAAGGUCCAGGUGUCCAACCCGUCCGGCGCCAACACGGACGCCUACGUCUCCGAUCAGGCGGACGGGACCUGCAGAGUGGAGUACACGCCUUACGAAGACGGUUUGCACCUAAUUGAGGUUCUCCUGGACAAUGUCUCUGUCCCAAAGAGUCCCUUCAGAGUGUCAGUCAGCGAGGGCUGCGACCCCAGUCGGGUCCGAGCCUUCGGUCCUGGGCUGGAGGAAGGACUUGUGAACAAAUCAAACAGCUUCACUGUUGAAACCAGGGGCGCUGGCACUGGAGGACUGGGUCUGGCCAUUGAAGGUCCCUCAGAGGCGAAGAUGUCCUGUCAAGACAACAAGGACGGUAGCUGCAGUGUGGACUACAUCCCGUUCACUCCUGGAGAAUACGACGUCAAUGUCUCCUUUGGAGGCCUCCCUAUCCCAGGAAGCCCGUUUCGUGUCCCGGUCCGGCAGCUGGUUGAUCCCAGUAAGGUGAGGUGUUCUGGUCCUGGACUAGGAACAGGAGUCCGCGCUCAUGUUCCUCAGACCUUCACGGUGGACAGCAGAAAGGCAGGCCUGGCUCCUCUGGAAGUCCAGAUCUAUGGACCCACUGGUGUGGCCGAGCCGCUCAGCGCCACAGACAACGGGGACGGUACCCACACGGUUAACUACAUCCCGGCCAGCGACGGGCCGUACACGGUGUGCGUGAAAUACGCUGAUCAGGAGGUUCCUCGGAGUCCCUUUAAGAUCAAGACCCUCCCAGCUCACGACGCCAGCAAAGUCCGGGCCAGCGGUCCGGGCCUGAACGCCUCCGGGGUCCCGGCCAGUCUGCCCGUGGAGUUCACCAUCGAUGCCAGGGACGCCGGAGAAGGACUGCUCACCGUCCAGAUCCUGGACCCGGAGGGAAAACCCAAGAAGGCCAACAUCCGGGACAACCGGGACGGGACUUACACAGUGUCCUAUGUACCGGACAUAACGGGACGCUACACCAUCACCAUCAAAUACGGAGGGGACGAGAUCCCGUACUCGCCCUACAGGAUCCACGCUGUGCCCACCGGGGAUGCCAGCAAGUGUUUGGUCACAGUUUCCAUUGGAGGACAUGGACUGGGUUCAGGUCUCAGUCCGACUAUCCAGAUCGGAGAGGAAACAGUCAUCUCGGUGGACGCAAAGGAUGCUGGCAAAGGUAAAGUCACCUGCAAAGUGUCGACGCCGGACGGAGCGGAGCUGGAUGUGGACGUGGUGGAGAACGCCGACGGGACAUUUGAUAUUUAUUACACGGCUCCAGAACCUGGCCAGUACAUCAUCACUAUUCGAUUCGGAGGGGAGCACAUUCCCAACAGCCCCUUCCAUGUGGUGGCGAGUGAAACCGUGCCAAUAAUCGAGGAACCAUGUGACAAGGUUCAGUCGCAGCAGCCCUACUCGCCCUACGCAGGCUUCUCCCCUCACUGGGCAACAGACGAUCCGGUCAGCGCUACAGAUGGGAUGGAGCCGGUGCUGCGUCCCUUCAGCCUGGUUAUUCCCUUCACCGUACAGAAAGGAGAGAUCUCAGGCGAGGUUCGAAUGCCGUCGGGUCGAACAGCUCAGCCUAACAUCACUGACAACAAGGACGGGACGGUGAUGGUGAAAUACUCGCCGACUGAGCGCGGCCUGCAUGAGAUGGACAUCAGAUGCGACGGAAGCCACAUCCCAGGAAGUCCUCUGCAGUUCUACGUUGACGCCAUCAAUAGCGGUCAUGUGACGGCGUUCGGCGCUGGCCUGAGCCACGGUGCAGUGAACCAGCCGGCCACCUUCACCAUCGUCACCAAAGACGCUGGAGAAGGAGGUUUGUCCCUGGCUGUUGAAGGUCCAUCCAAAGCAGAGAUCAGCUGCACAGACAACAAAGACGGGACGUGCACGGUGUCCUACCUGCCCACCGCACCUGGAGACUACAGCAUCAUCGUCAAGUUUGAUGACAAAAACAUCCCAGGAAGCCCGUUUAUGGCAAAGAUCACCGGAGACGACGUCAUGAGGGCAUCGCAGCUCAACGUUGGCACCGCAUCAGACGUUUCCUUAAAGAUCACAGAGACGGACCUGAGCAGCCUGAUGGCAACUAUCAGAGCGCCGUCUGGCCACGAAGAGCCGUGUCUCCUGAAGAGGCUCCCCAACAGACACAUCGGAAUCUCCUUCACCCCGAAGGAAGUGGGCGAACAUGUGGUGAGCGUGAAGAAAAGUGGGAAGCAUGUGACUAACAGCCCGUUUAAGAUCAUGGUGGGUCAGUCAGAAAUCGGCGACGCCAGCAGGGUGAAGGCUUACGGCCAGGGCCUGGUGGAGGGACACAUUGAGGUUGCAGAGUUCAUGGUGGACACCAGGAAUGCCGGUUAUGGCGGUCUGGGCCUGUCCAUCGAGGGUCCGAGCAAAGUGGACAUUAACUGUGAGGAUGUGGACGAUGGGACGUGUAAGGUGACCUACUGCCCUACAGAACCUGGGAACUACAUCAUCAACAUCAAGUUUGCUGACCAGCAUGUUCCAGGAAGUCCGUUCACUGUCAAAAUAUUUGGCGAAGGCCGCGUGAAGGAAAGCAUCACCAGGAAGCGGCAGGCCCCCUCCAUCGCCACCGUGGGCAGCACCUGUGACCUCAACCUGAAAAUACCAGGAAACUGGUUUCAGAUGGUUUCCGCUCAGGAGCGUCUGACCCGGACCUUCACUCGCAGCAGCCACACCUACACCCGCACCGAGCGCACCGAGAUCAGCAAGACCCGAGGCGGAGAGACCAAACGGGAGGUCCGGGUGGAGGAGAGCACGCAGGUCGGAGGAGAUCCCUUCAGGGAUGUGUUUGGAGAUUUUCUGGGCCGAGAUGGUCUGAGCGGGUUCAGUGGGAUGCCGUCCGGAAGCCGCCUGCCGCUGCAGGACGGUGAGGCAGCGAACCAGGAGAUGACGGCUCAGGUGACGAGUCCUGGCGGGAAGACGGAGGACGCAGAGAUCAUCAAGGGAGAGGACAGCACCUACAGCGUCCGCUUCGUCCCUCAGGAGAUGGGCCCUCACGUUGUCAGUGUGAAGUACCGGGACCAGCACGUCCCUGGGAGCCCCUUCCAGUUCACUGUGGGGCCACUGGGGGAGGGAGGGGCCCACAAGGUCCGAGCUGGAGGAACCGGACUGGACCGCGGCCUGGCAGGACUACCCGCUGAGUUCAGCAUCUGGACCAGAGAAGCUGGAGCUGGCGGUCUGUCCAUUGCUGUGGAAGGACCCAGCAAAGCCGAGAUCACCUUUGAAGACCGAAAGGACGGAUCCUGCGGCGUCUCCUACGUAGUGCAGGAGUCCGGAGAUUAUGAGGUUUCCAUCAAGUUCAAUGACGAACACAUCCCGGAUUCUCCGUUUAUCGUCCCCGUGGCGAGCCUGUCUGAUGACGCCCGCCACCUCACCAUUACCAGCCUGCAGGAGAUGGGACUGAAGGUGGGUCAGGAGGCCUCCUUCGCCGUGCAGCUGAAUGGAGCCAGAGGCCUCAUAGACGCUAAGAUCCACACUCCAUCAGGGGCCACGGAGGAGUGCUACAUCACCGAGUUGGACAGCGAUCAGCACGCCAUCAGGUUCAUCCCCAAGGAGAACGGUGUUCACUCCAUAGACGUUCGCUUCAAUGGCAGCCACGUUCCCGGCAGUCCCUUCAAGAUCCGAGUGGGAGAACCUGGACAGGUUGGGGAUCCUGGUCUCGUGUCUGCCUUUGGUCCAGGCCUGGAAGGAGGAACCACAGGUGUAGCAUCAGAGUUCAUAGUAAACACCUGCAAUGCUGGUGCUGGAGCGCUCUCUGUGACCAUCGAUGGACCAUCGAAGGUGAAGAUGGACUGUCAGGAGGGACCCGAGGGCUACAAGGUGUCCUACACCCCCAUGGCUCCAGGGAGCUACCUGAUCUCCAUCAAGUAUGGGGGCCCCCAGCACAUUGUGGGCAGCCCAUUCAAAGCCAAAGUGUCAGGACCUCGCCUGUCUGGAGGUCACAACCUCCACGAGACGUCGUCUGUUCUCGUAGAAACCGUCACCAAGACAUCAGCGAUAGGCGGGCCCUUCGCUUCCUUCCCCAAGUUCUCUUCCGAUGCUAGAAAAGUCAUCUCCCGUGGUGCUGGCCUCUCCAAAGCCUUCAUUGGCCAGAAGAACACAUUCACAGUGGAUUGCAGCAAAGCAGGUACCAACAUGCUGAUGGUCGGGGUCCACGGUCCGAAGACGCCCUGUGAGGAGGUCUACGUCAAGCACAUGGGUAACAGGAUGUACAAUGUGACGUACACGGUGAAGGAACAAGGCAGCUUCAUCCUCAUUGUCAAGUGGGGGGAUGAGAACAUCCCAGGAAGUCCUUUCCAUGUCAUCGUCCCUUAGAGACUCUGCUACAUCUCAUCCUCCACCAGGCACUGAAAACUUUCCACUUCCUGGAUUUUCUCAUGUUUGUCCUCCUGCAGCAAAUGUUAAUCUUUUAUAUCAGCUUACCAUAUGCAAUGUGACGCAAUGUGGUGCCUUGUAUCUUGACUGUUCCUCCUCUGGAGAACUCGACCUGAACUGCUUUAGCUGCUGACCAGACGAUCCAGGAUCUGAAACGUCUCGUCUUUGUUGACUGCAGCAGGACUCUUCCAUCUCUGGUCCAUCUUCCAUCUCAGGUCCAUCUCUGCCGGGCCGGCGCCCGACAGCGAUGGAACUGAUGUGUCUGAUGAACAUGCAGCCAACCAAAGCUCAGACCUGCUUCUACAGGAAACAUCCUGCAGGUUCCGCCUGGUUCCUCCAAACGAAGCAAACUUGAGUAUAACAAUAAGUUUACUCUUGUUAUUAUACUCUGCAGAAGUCAGGAUUCAGUUUGGAAGAAGGUCCAGCUCGGUCCAGAUUGCGUCCAUGCUGCAAUUUGAACUGAAAGGUCUUGGCUUUAAGGUUGGAACUGGAGGAGGAACCGGCUCUGCAGCUUUCAGCAGCAGACGCUUGUUUAUUCUGGAUCUGUCUGGAGACUUCCAGAUGUUUGGGUUCUGCUGAUGCAUCAAACUGUGCUGUGAUUUUAUUUAUUCUCUCUUUGAAAUGGUCUUACUGGUGAAGGUAGCCGGGUCUCACCUGUCACUCGGUUCCCUUUGAGUUUUAACACAGUACUGGAGUGACAUUUUGUAGUUUUGUAUGAGUGAAACCUUCAUGGUGACAUUGUGCAGGCAUAAUAAACUUCCUCUGCAACCUC